AUGACGCAGACGAGUACAGUGACAGUAGCCGCGGCGGGCGGUGAUGGUGGCGGGACGCCAGGGAAUGGUACUCAUUACAACUCGAUAACGGGAACAAAAUUAAAUUACAUCGCCGCCAGCAGUUCUUUCAAUUACUUGCCGACAUUAAGCACGAGUUACACGGACCGCUCAGCCCUUGCCAGCAGUAAACAGGGUGGUGGUGGCAUCCUGAUAGCUGUUAACAGGACUCUUUAUUCUUCUGAGAUCAUGCAGCUUGAUCUGCUGGUUGAGACUCUGUGUGUACUUGUCAGACUUAAUCCCUUGUUGAAGAUUCUGAUCUGUGCUGUUUACAUGCCUCCACGGUCUCCAACAGGGAUCUACUCUCUUUUUGCUGAGUCGCUCACUGAAACUAUCUCCACUUGCCACAACUUCGAUGCGGUUUUGAUUACCGGUGAUUUCAAUUUGCCUGGCUUCAACUGGAUUAACCCUGACCUCCCCGUUGCUCCUCCUCCUGUGAGAGUUCUUCUGGACCUUGCUUCUCAACUGGAUUUAUCACAGAUCAGUGAUGUCCUCAAUGUUCGGGGAGUCCAAUUGGAUUUGAUAUUUGGCCCGUCUGACCUUUUUACUGUCUCUUUGGAGGACGAUCCGCUUCUUGCAUCUGAACCCUGUCACCCUGCCCUUGGUGUUACCAGUGUUCCUUCUUGCCCAAUGAAUUCUCGUGCUGACCACCCCACAUAUAUUCGGAAUACUCGGAGGUGUAACUUAGAGGCGGUAAGAUGUGAUCUCCAGCAUGGAAUAACUCAACUUGAUUAUAAUUGCAAUGAUGUUAACCUGCUGUUCUCCAGCUUCUGCAAACAACUUGGGGAUUGCAUUAGAUCCCACUCUCCCUGGAAGCGUGUUGGUCCCUCUGUAUUUCCUAGGUGGUUCUCUAAAGAAUUGAAGGAGCUAGUCAUACUUAAGAAGAUACUUCACAAGAGGUUCAAACGAUCUCACGAUGAGAUGGACUGCAGAAUCCGAGAGUGUUGCCGGACCCUCCCCAGGGAAUGCCGUGCAAGCUACGUGGGUUACGUCAACUCUACUAUCUCCUCGAACGUCAAGGUGUUCUGGAGCUUCGUGAAUGACCUCAAUCGCACAUCUACCACUCCUUCUUCACUUGGACUUGGCAACAUUGAGGUCUCUACUCCUUUUGAGAUGUGCGAGCUCUUCGCCACCUACUUUUCCUCUGUAUACACACCUGCAUCUUCCGAAGCUCUGCCUGUUCCGCCCUUCAAUACCUCCUUUGUCUUCUCUGAUUGCUCUGUCUCACUUGAUGCCAUUCACGGAAAACUCGUUGCUCUUGACUCUGCUAAGGGAUGUGGUCCUGAUGAGGUUACUCCGGGUGUCCUCAAGUUUUGUCACUCUGAACUGGCUCCUCUGCUCUGCUUUUUGUUCAACCUCAGCUUGUCCACUGGAAUUUUCCCUGAUGCUCUCAAGGAUGGAUUCGUGAUCCCUAUAAUGAAGUCUGGCGAUUGUAGUGACGCUACAAACUACAGACCGAUUGUGAUACAAUCUGUCCUGAUUAAGGUGUUUGAGAGCCUCAUUCUGGACAUGCUGCAGCCUCUCUUCAAGCAUGUUAUCAUUGAUGAGCAGCACGGUUUCCUCGCAGGAAGGUCAACGGAAACAAACCUCCUUUCACUCCAGUGUUAUGUGAUGGACGCUUUUAGCCGCAGAAACCAAGUGGAUGCAGUUUACAAAGACUUUAGCAAGGCUUUUGACAAAAUAAGUCGCCGGCACCUUCUUGCGAAGUUGGAGGGAUAUGGGGUCGUCGGGGUGAUGCUGCGAUGGUUUCAGGAGCUACCUCUCUGA